UUUUAUCGAAUAUACUAUAUUAUAUCGCAGGAUCAACGAAUAAAAAUUAUUAAGUUUUAACCAUUAAAAAAUAUGAUAAAAUUAAUUGUCUUGCUUUUAGUGACUAUUGUUUCAAUAGUACAUGGUCAAACUGACUAUUGUAAGUUGUCUUGCAAUGAUGAGAUGAAUAUUGUAUGCAAAAGAAAAGAUGUUAAUUGUGGUGCAGGACCAAAAUGUGGUGGAAAAUAUACGCUGAUUUCUCUAACGAAUGAAGAUAAACAACUAAUUUUAGAUGUACACAAUGAAUUACGAAACAGAGUUGCAACUGGAGAAGAAACCAUUGGCAAGCAACCGUCUGCUUCAAAUAUGAAAGCUUUGAAUUACAACAGCGAGCUAGGAUAUGGAGCACAAUGUAUGACCAAUAGCUGCCUAUUGUCUGAUCAAUGUAGUCGUACAGAAUCUUACUCAUAUGUGGGACAAACCUAUUCAAUAUCAGCUUACAUGGGUGGAGAUGAGGGAUAUAAACAAGUAAUCAAUAACACCAUCAGACUUUGGUACAGCGAUGUUAAAUAUUUUAAUGCAUCCUCAGUAUCCAGUUUCGAGAAAAAUGUAGAGGUUGACAGAAGUUACACUCAGUUAGUAUGGGCCAAAACCAAAGAAGUUGGAUGUGGAAUUACUAGAACUGAAAAUCGUAAUUGGUCCAAGUACUAUAUUGCUUGCAAUUACGGACCAGGAGGUAAUAUCAUAGGAGAGCCUGUAUACGAAAUUGGCAGUCCAGCUUCAGCCUGUACACCAGAAUUACCAGUAAAUUCUAAUUAUCCAGGAUUGUGUGGGCAAGAUAAUAUUAAUUAAUAAAAUUAAUUUAUAAUUAUUUACUUUUGAAAGUUAAAAUAAAAGGUACCAG